CGCAGCUACAUUCUUAUGUGCGUUAACGUCGCCGUCGCUUAAGUGGUGAAUCUGUAGGAUAAACGAAGAUUACAAGAUGUCACGUGUCUGCCUAUGGUUAGCUCUGACAAGCACACUCGUCUGCGGGUCUCAAGGACAGUGGCCACUGGGACCGGACUUCUACCGCAGUAUGAAUCAACUACAGUCGAACCUCAACCGGAUGUCUGUGCGGCUGGCGACCAUGGGCGAGCUGGCGGAACAGAGGCGCCAGGUCAAGAUAAACACGGAGAUGGCGCGUGCACAGGAAGGUGUUCCAUUCGGGGAGUUAGGGCGCGUGUUCUUGACGUCGGACGGCGGGCUGGGAUACGCGUAUAAUUCCACAGACGGCUCUACGACGAUGUAUGCGCUCUGUCCCGGAAGUCCGCCCCACGGCUACAUGUUCCACUCGGGACCAUUUGGAACAUCUUACAGAUCCUGGUGAUUGCCGGCAGUACUCGGAAGUUCUCGUGCCUUUUCGGCAUUUACAGAACAUAAGAACAAAGGUUCUUUUUAGACUUAAUAUCAGAUGGAAAAAACAUAUUGACAGAUGCUUUUGUAGAACAACACUUAAUUUUAUGAAAGAUACCACUGUACAUCGGUUUAAUUAGGAUUGCUAUAAAUAUCAUAAAGGUUGUACACUCACUGCAUGUAACAUGGGAAAUUAGGUUUUAUUGUGUGGAGAUUCAUCGCCAAAUAUGUUGUAAGGUCUUUAUCACUUGCUGUGUCACAUAUGCUUCAAAUAGAUCUGUGUUAAUUAAGGCCUAAACAAAUUUUUUUCCCGAUAACUCGACCGACCCUAAAUGGUUGUUGCAACACUUAAGUUUGUUUUGUAUUCCAUGUUAAGUUUUCGAUCAUUUUUGGUUUAUUCGUACUAUUCGCUCAAUACCUUAACAUUUAAAUAAAUGACAAAUGAUUAAUGGAUAUUUGCAAGAUGUCUGUCAUUGAACAUCCUUACAUAAGUGGGGAAUAAAUCAUGUAUCGUACAACAGUUAACGAAACAAUUGGGGGCUGUUACGGGAAAAAUACCAUUUUUGAACUUAUGGACAUUCUUAUGUGUAUUCAAUGUGUUUUGGUUAAUUUGGAGUGAUACUCUUAAAUGAGGCAAAAUCCAAAUAAAUAAACACGUACACUAUACGCAUGUAAAGUUUGAAGAACAAAACAACUGCGUGAUAUGUUCGCAUAGCUCUUACUCCGGAAUUGAGUAAGGUAUGACUAAGUAUGUCACUGUCAAAUUAUAUAAACCAGUUCAUACAUUUAGCAAGUAACUUUACUUGUAAAAGUAGUAAUGUUUAUGUGUCACCAUAUUUUUAAUGUAUUUUACAAAAAUAGCAGCGGACGAGAACACAAAAUAGUUUCACUUGAUAUAUUUUCAUCAAACACUGAUAACGUUACGUUACAACAUUUACAUGGUAUUCUUUAAUGACUUAUUUUUAUAUGGAUUGUAUUUUCAAAUGAUACUUUCUCCACUAAUAUCGUUUUAAGUCCACACAUGCAGUUAUUUAACUUGAAACACCAGGAUUGUGUGCCCAACAUUCUCGCAAUGAUGUAUCGUUUUAAGUCCACACAUGCAGUUAUUUAACUUGAAACACCAGGAUUGUGUGUCCAACAUUCUCGCAAUGAUGUUCGCUUUAAGUAUUUUCAAGAAGACUGCCCUCACUCCAUGUUUAAGUGUAACUAACUUCUUCCUGCCCUCACUAUCCACCUUUAUGAUAGCGUAGGGCUGAACUGCCCAGAUAAGCAUCUGGUGUACGUGUGUCAUUUGGGCAUUUGGGUUUCGCAGUUCAACCUCACUUAAUGCUUACAGAUGUGUCCCCUCACCGGCCAUGGUGAGGAGCUUAUUAUUGGCAUAACUGGUCAUAUACACAUUGUCACCCGUAAGGCCUAAAUCACAUCUUGAUACACUUAAACCUGAGUUAUAUCAAUAUAUAUAUAUUUAUUAAUUAAAUUUACUUUAAUUUUCAUUAUUAUAAUUUACGUUAAAAUUAUUAUUGCAAGUUUGUUAAAGCUAUAAUCGAUUGAAGUAAUUAUAUAUGAAGAAUGAAACUCCAGAAAAAUUAUCAGCAUGUAUCUACUUAUUAACAUCCGCUUGUAUUUAAUUUAAGGCAAGUGUCCCCUUGCAUUUACAAUACUGGACAAUUCAUACAACACGACAUAAAACAUAUACAUGGUAAAUGCUUUGGUCACCGUAAAGGAACUGUCAAUUUAAAACUUUUGUGGUUUAACCGGCGAAAAACGCGUCAAAACUGACAUUAAUAGAAAACAUCGUAAUUUAAUUUAAAGUUAUGGUAUUUUACGAAAAUUUCUGCCUUUCAUAUACAUUCAUGAUGCAUUUAAUUCAUAGUUUUUCAUUGCGAUUAUCAAUUCAAUGUGGUUUCUUUCAUUGCAGAGUUUGUUUGAAAUCUAUUAAAUGCAAUUAAAAUGA